AUGUCUAAACAACAGUUGUUGCGUGUGUUUUUAAAUGAGCGUUUAACGGCGGCUGCUGUGGAGAUUUUCGGGGCAGUUGAGAAAACGGUAGUGGAGUACCAGGAGGAGAAUGAUCAGCUACGGAGAAUGCUGCGUUUGACUCCGGAGAUACAACUAUGUAGAAUAGGUUCGUAUGUAGAUACUGAUAGCUAGCUAUAGUUCCACUUUAUUGAUGAACUGUUAACUGAUCACCACAUCAUCCAUUUUUAAGAAGUUGUUUUUAAACUUACCGUGUAUGGAUAAAACAUUGUCCUAAAAACAGGAAGUGAUUUUAAUUUAUAAUUCAAAAAUGAAUAAACUUUAAAGUAAAUAACUUCUCUCCAAUUACUGAGAAGUAAUUGAAAAAGGAUUCUAGUUUUUAAUUAUUGAAUUGGAAUGAUAGUUUACCUAGUCUUGAAAUUCAAAUUGACCCCCACCCUAAAGCCAGUGUAGAGCAAACAGGGAAUUGGUUCCAAUCGUUUUAUCCACCAUUGUUUUUUUUUUUUGGGGGGGGGGGAUUUGAGAAAAACCUUAGAAAUAAGGACUGUGUCUCGUGUAGGCUUACACUGGCAUGACGUUUUGAUAACCUUGUAAUUCUCUAUCAGACAAGGUGACUUUUAGCAAUAUAUUCGGCAGUGGCGGUCAGUUCUGUUUAAUGAGCACGGCCUUAUUUCUAUUACAGCAUAUUGAAUGACUUAUUCAAAUUCCAUUCACCCAGCUCAAUGUAACAUUGAUAGGUUUAGGCUACUACAUGAUACUGGCAUUUUCCAUAUAACCAUCAUGAGGUUGCUACAAACUAACUUAUGAAUGAAAGUUUAAAACAAUGAUGCAUAUGUUGAGAAAUAUUUUAGUAAUCAAGGUGACAGACAGCGACACAUUUAAUACCACCUUGCACACUCUUGCCUGCAUCUAGCUGAUCUAGGGUGUAAUCAUUAGUCCAACAGUUGCAAACAAGUGUUUCUAUUGGACAAAUUCAGGUAUGUUUUAUCCCGUUUCGUUCCGUUUGCUUCCGUUUAAGAAACAUUUUCAGGCGGAAUGAAUACACCCCUGAUCACACAUAAACACAGUUCACUUUCAUAGCAUCCACAUACAAACAGUAUAAUCACUUUUAUCGUUGUAGCUACAAUACCUUCUCGCAUUUACGUGCUCUCCUCCUCUCACCUUUUCCCUUCAAUGCACAACACAUCAGCUGUCUGUGACAAGGCGAAAAAAUCUUUACAAGCCAAACCUUCAUAUCAUAACCACUAACCGUCAUAGUCAGCAUAGCUACUAGAACUAACACGUUAGUAAACCCUCUACAAUCAUGCAGUACAGUGUAGUCAGCAAGCAGUUGAGCAGUUAUGCCGGUGGGCCCCGGUGGCAAUCAAUUAAUAGAACCUAAAGCUUACCUUGACUUGGAAGAGUUGCAGUGUUGGAUAGCCAUAGCCAGCUAGCUAACAUAGCAUCCCUCUCUGUUUGAGCCGGGUGUUUGAGUUGGAUAAACUAGCUAGCUGCGUUCGCUAGCUAAGUAAGUGGAAGUGGAAGUGAAAUAUAUACGAAAUAUAGCUAGCUCUCUCUCUAGCUUCUCCUUCAUUUUUCUCCUUCAUUUUUGAAGAAAUUAAUUCGUUCAAAAGUAUUCAACUAUUGUCUUUCUCUCUUUGAGUCAACUACUCACCACAUUUUAUGCACUGCAGUGCUAGCAAGCUGUAGUUUAUGCUUUCAGUACUAGAUUAAUUAUCCGAUCCUAUGAUUGUGUGGACAACAUGUCAGUUCAUGCUGCAAGAGCUCUGAUAGGUUGGAGGACGUUGUCCGGAAGUUUUCAUAAUUACUGUGUUAGUCUAUGGAAGGUGGUGAGAACCAUGAACCUCCUAGGUUUUGUAUUGAAGUCAAUGUACCCAGAGGAGGACAGAAACUAGCUGUCCUCCGGCUACACCAUGGUGCUACCCUACAGAGUGCUGCUGAGGCUACUGUAGACUUUCAUUGCAAAACAGUGUGUUUUGAUCAAUUAUUUGGUGACGUGAAUGUAUUUAGUAUAGUUUUAUCUAAAAAGGAUAACUUUUUUAAUGUUUCACUAUUUUACUGUGAUUCUAAAAUGCUAAUUAGCAUCAAAGUAGACAUAAUACAAAACUACAAAUCCCUGCAAGCGCCUGCACGUCAUCUCUAACUGACACCUUUGCGAUCAGGUAUUUUGUCCAUUUAAAACUUGCACAAGACAGUUCACAGAAUUGUCAAUUUGUAAGAAAUAAAGCCAAUUUAUGCAUUACUAUAUUUAGAUAACAUUAGAUAGUUAAUCAUGAGAUUCUUACCUUUGCCUCGAUUUGGCAGUCUCGUCCAGAUCAUCAUGGCGUUUAUAGUUCUUUAUGAUAGCCACAUUAGGAGCUAAUUAGCAUUUCAUUUUGGGGGGAUAAAUAGAGGCGAAUAUAUUGAUAAAAGUCACCUUGUCCUAGAGAGAUUUACACGGUUAUCAAAACGUCAUCCCAUGGUAAGCCUACAUGAAACACAGUCCUUGUUUUAAGUCAUUGUAAAAUCCCCUAUGGGAAAAAUGAAUGGUGGAAAAACGUUUAGAACCAUUUCCCUGUUUGACCAUUAGGUUUUAUGGGUAUUAUGACUCAUACUGUGGUUAUUUGGUAUUUUAUUAGGAUUCCCAUUAGCUGUUGCAAAAGCGCAGCUACUCUUCCUGGGGUCAACACAAAACAUGAAACAUGACAUAAUACAGAACAUUAAUAGACAAGAACAGCUCAAGGACAGAAAUACAUAAAUGUUUAAAAAAGGCACACGUAGCCUACAUAUCAAUACAUACACACAACAUAUCUAAGUCAAAUAGGGGAGAGGCGUUGUGCCGUGAGGUGUUGCUUUAUCCGUUUUUUAAAACCAGGUUUGCUGUUUAUUUGAGCAAUAUGAGAUGGAACAGAGUUCCAUGCAACAAUGGCUCUAUAUAAUACUGGACGCUUUCUAGAAUUAGUUCUGGAUUUGGGGACUGUGGUAACCUCUGCUCCUCUCCUUCCCUCCAGACUCCCUACAGCUCUCUGUCUCUGAAGAGGAGGUUCCCCCUGAGCAGCAGCACUGUGAGCAGGAGUGGAGCCCCAGUCUGGGGCAGGAGGACCCAGAGCCCACACAGAUUAAAGAGGAACAGGAGGAACUCAGGACCAGUCAGGAGGAAGAGCAGCUUCAAGGGCUGGAGGCUGAUAUCAUAGAGUUCAUAUUCACUCCUCCUUGUGUGAAAAGUGAAUGUGUUCUGGAGGACCCACUUCAAGAAGCCAUACUAGCUGAACACCCAACUCUCAGUCCACUGAAAAUGUCUAAACUACAGUCGUUUCGAGAGUUUUUAAAUGAGCGUUUAACAGCGUUUGCUGCUCUGGAGAUUUCUGGGGCAUUUGCGAAAACAGUAGCGGAGUACCAGGAGGAGAAUGAUCGACUACGGAGACUGCUGCGGAUCUCACCGGAGAUAAAACUA